CAUUUUCUGUUACAGUUACACUUCUUAUAUUUAUAUUCUUACAAAGAGACCAAUUCUGCAUAAGAAAGAAACUCACCUUUAUUCUCAAUUCUUAUUAUGGCUAUGCAUUCACUUUCUUAUGGAUUCACUUACCAGGUAUUCCUCAGUUUCAGGGGCACUGACACUCGCUAUGGUUUUACUGGAAAUCUCUAUAAGGCUCUUACCGACAAAGGAAUCAACACCUUCAUUGAUGACUAUGAUCUUCAAAGUGGAGAUGAAAUCACACCAUCACUCAUAAAGGCUAUUCAAGAGUCUAGGAUUUUCAUUCCUGUGUUUUCUGUCAACUAUGCCUCUUCUUCAUUUUGUUUGGAUGAACUUGUCCACAUCAUUCAAUACUUCAAGUCAGAGGGUCGUCUAGUUUUGCCUGUUUUCUAUGGGGUCGAACCUACUCAUGUGCGGCAUCAGAGUGGAAGUUAUGGCGAAGCAUUGGCCAAGCAUGAAGAGAGGUUCCAAAAUAACAUGCAAAACAUGGAGCGGUUGCAUCAAUGGAAGAUAGCUCUUAACCAAGCUGCUAACUUGUCCGGCUACCACUUUAGUCCCGGAAAGAAUAUAUAUGAAUACAAGUUAAUUGCGGAAAUAGUCAAAAACAUCUCUAACAAGAUCAAUCACGUUCCUUUACACGUUGCCGAUUACCUUGUUGGAUUACAGUCCCGAGUACAACAUGUGAAAUCACUACUUGAUAAGGGAUCUGAUGAAGGGGUCUACAUGGUAGGACUCUAUGGUACCGGAGGCUUGGGCAAAUCCACACUUGCAAAAGCAAUAUAUAAUUUUAUUGCUGAUCAAUUUGAAGGUUUGUGUUUCCUUCAUAAUGUGAGAGAGAAUUCAGUUAAAAAUAACAUGAAACAUCUCCAGGAGGAGCUCCUUUUGAAAACAAUUGACUUGGAAGUUAAGUUAAGAGAUGUUAGUGAGGGAAUUCCAAUCAUAAAGGAAAGGUUAUGUAGAAAGAAGAUUCUUUUGAUUCUCGAUGAUGUUGAUAAUAUCAAGCAACUGCAAGUUUUGGCUGGAGGACUUGAUUGGUUUGGUCGUGGAACUCGAGUCAUUGUUACCACUCGAGAUAAACACUUAUUAACUAGUCAUGAGAUAAAAAGCGUGUACGAAAUGGAAGGGCUAUAUGGGAUAGAAGCUCUUGAAUUGUUGAGGUGGGUGGCUUUUAAAAAUAACCAAGUUCCUUCAAGUUAUGAAAAAAUUUUAAACCGUGCAGUUACAUAUGCCUCUGGACUUCCAUUAGCUAUAAAAAUAAUCGGCUCCAAUUUAUUUGGAAAGAGCAUAGAAGAAUGGAAGAAUACAUUGGAGGGGUACGAAAAAAUUCCCAAUAAAGAGAUCCAGAAGAUACUUCGAAUAAGCUACGAUGAUUUGGAGGAAGAGGAACAAAGUGUUUUUCUAGACAUUGCUUGUUGUUUCAAAGGGAGUAGAUGGGCGGAGGUCGAAAAUAUACUUCAUGCACAUUAUGGUCACUGUAUAAAACAUCAUGUUGUAGUGUUGGCUGAAAAAUCUCUCAUAAAGAUUAAUUCUCAUUGGUGGCCUUAUGUUGAAGUGACAUUACAUGAUUUAAUAGAGGACAUGGGUAAAGAAGUCGUCCGACAAGAAUCACCCAAAGAACUUGGAGAACGUAGUAGGUUGUGGUAUUACAAGGAUAUAAUUCAUGUCUUAAAAGAAAACAUUGGAACUAGCAAAAUUGAAAUGAUAUAUCUCGAUUUCCCUUCAACGGAAGCAAUAAUAGACUGGAAUGGAAAAGCCUUUAAGAAGAUGAAAAAUCUCAAAACACUUAUCAUAAAAAAUGGUCAUUUUUCUAAAGGUGCCCGACAUCUUCCAAGUGGUCUGGGAGUAUUAGAAUGGCAAAGAUAUCCUUUAGGAUGUAUACCUUUUAGCAUUUCGAACAAGACAUUUGAGAAGAUGAAAAUUUUAAAACUUGACAAUUGUGAAUACUUAACAAAUAUAACUGACGUCUCGUGUCUCCCAAAUUUAGAAAUUUUUUCAUUCAAAAAGUGCGAGAAUUUAAUUUCAAUUGACGAGUCUAUUGGGUUCCUCAAUAAGCUCCAAAUCUUGAAUGCUGAGGGUUGUGACAAGUUAUCGAGUUUUCCACCUUUAAAGUUGAACUCUCUUCUAGUGCUAGAACUUUCAUUAUGUUCCAGUCUCACGAAAUUUCCUGAAAUAUUGGACAAGAUGAAUAACAUCAGCACUAUAACUUUGAGAGACACUGGCAUAAAAGAAUUUCCAUCCUCAUUUCAAAAUCUUACCAAACUUUAUAGCUUAUAUAUACAUGGACAUGGAAAACUUAUAUUUCCAAGUAGCAUUCCCAUGAUGUCAAAGUUGUUCGAAGUUGUAAUUAAUGGUUAUAGUCAGUUAGUCACAAAACCGAAUGAUGAACUGAGUUCCUUGUUGUCUUCCAAUGUGAAAAAUAUUGAAAUUCAAACAAGCAAACAUAAAUUUCUAGCAGUGACUCUUACCUUGUUUUCUAAUGUGGAAACCUUAGACAUAUCCUACAGCGAUAUCAAAAUUCUUCCUGAAUGCAUAAAAAUAUGUUGCUUUCUAAAGAACAUUUAUUUGGAUGAUUGCGUAUAUCUUGAAGAAAUAAGAGGGAUUCCGCCAAAUCUUAAAAGAUUUUCAUUGGGGAGCGAAUUAUUGACUUCAUCGAGUAAAAUCAUGCUAGUGAAUCAGGAACUGCAUGAAGCUGGAGGCACUGAGUUUCGUUUCCCAUCAUCCCAAAGCGAGUUGAUUCCGGAGUGGUUUGAGCAUCAAAGUAGAGAACUGUCUAUUUCUUUUUCAUUCCGUAACAACUUGCCUUCCUUGGUUUUCUACUUUUCUAUUAUAAGAAUGCCUGAAUGGUUCUUUUGGACAGAUUCGAGAUUAAGAGUCAAUUUGCUCAUCAAUGACUAUGUAUAUACUACUCCUGAUCAUCUUAAUAUUGGUAAUUCUAUGGAAGAUCUAGAGGAAUAUACAUAUAUAUUUUCUUCUGAUUGGAAAAACUGGUUAGAACAAUGGGUCUAUACACCAAAGGGACACCCAGAACUCAAAUCUAUGUUGGAUGAUGCACUAUUGAAAAAUGAAUGGAUUCAUGCUGAAGUUAAGAUUGUGAUUGAUUUGGACUCUGAUUCAGAUUCUGAUUUGAAUGAUGAGGAUAUUGUCGUUGAAAGUGGAAUCCAUGUACUCAAAAACUUAACUAGCAUGGAUGAUAUUCAAUUCAGUAUUUCUUCCUUAUCCAAAAAGAGAAAAUUAGAUGAGUUUUUGAAUGAAUCAACAUCAGAAUGAAUAUGGUUGUUGUAGAUAUUCGCAGCCAGGCUUUGUGGCAUAGUUGUAACAAGCAGUGCCUUCUGUGUAGAGUAUAUGCCUCUAGUAAUUUUAUCGUUCUGCAUGUAUUCUAUAGUUGACAGACAAAUUAGUUUCAUGCCUGCUCGAAUUUGAGAUUUUAUACCAUUCAAGACCUUCCAUUUGAAUCAUCAACUAAAAUCUUUGUUUCAUAUUUCUUAUUCUACAUCAUUUCUUCAUCAAUAUACAAAGAGACAUAUUUAAUUUUUUUCUAUCAUCAUUAUCUCCUCCUGAAGGACAGCUCUCCAUCCAUUACCUUUAGCAGCUUCAGCAUAUCGUGUAGGCUCUAAUGUAGAUAUAUUGCAUGUGGCAUAAAUAUCAUCCAAGGUU